AUGUGUCAGAUAUCUGCUGCUGCUUCCUGGCUUGAGCAGCUGCAGCUGAUACAUGGUGAUCUUCGACCCAUCAACAUCUUACUGGACCAUCGCAGCAAUGUCAAACUGUGUGACUUUGACAACGCGUACCAUUUCGGGGAAUACAUCGUCGGUGCACACCAACCUUACUACAAGAUGAGCAAGCAAGGUCAUUUCGGCAAAGCAGGGGUCGGAACCGAGCAGUUUGCUGUUGGAUCUUGCUUUUACUUCAUCCUCACGGGCGACGACCCAGAUUUCUUAUUAGAUGCAGACGGUGAAUACGCUAGUUGUUCUAUUGACGGGUUUCUGAUGUUCAACACUUUGCUGCAGAAGUGCUGGAACAUGGAAUAUGCAUCUGUCGCCGAUCUGAAGACCGAGGUCGUUUCUAAGGUGGAAGAAGUGGAGCAUCUUGAAUUGGGGAAGGACAGCAAGAUUAUGGGAAUGGAAGAGUUUAAGAACCGGGUCAAAGAGUGUAAAGAUUACCUGGCACGCUGCAAACUUGAUUUUGAUGGAGAUACUUGA